UGGCUGUCAUUAAAUUCUAGAAAGUCUCGCAUCCAUCGGACCUCUAUCUUCAUUUCUGAUAUAAAUUCAAACCUGAAUGUACCAACGGAAAGACAAUCGUUGGGCGCUUUUGAGGCCCUGAAAAUUCUCCGGCGGUCAUGUGAAUGUGUUUUUAUCAUAUUUGAUGCUUUUGCUUGAAGAUUGAGACAAAGAGUCACUAUUCUAACGACUUUGAUAUAUUUUAGGGAUUGUGAUGCGGAAAUAAAUUCAAUAUGGAUGAAGCUCAAAGCAGUUCGAGUUCAUUGCCGCCUUUCCUCACAAAGACGUAUGAGAUGGUAGAUGAUCCUUCCUCGGACUCUAUUGUUUCGUGGAGUCGGAAUAAUAACAAUAGCUUUGUCGUAUGGAACCCUCUUGAAUUUGCACGGGAUCUUCUGCCGAGGUUCUUUAAGCACAAUAACUUUUCCAGUUUUGUAAGACAGCUAAAUACAUAUGGAUUCAGGAAAAUUGAUCCCGAACAAUGGGAAUUUGCUAAUGAGGAUUUUGUCAGAGGUCAGCCACAACUUUUGAAGAACAUUCAUAGACGUAAGCCGAUUCACAGUCAUUCUGCACAGAGUCUUGCUUCUUUACCUCCGCUAACUAAAUCAGAAAGGAAAGGCUAUAAGGAUGAUAUCGAGAGGUUAAAGCGCGAUAAAGAAAUAUUGAAUUUGGAACUGCAGAAACAUAAACACGAGCAACAAGAACUUGAAGUGCAAAUGCAAGGUUUGAUGGAAUGUGUGCAGAAUUUGGAACUGCAGCAUAAGAAUAUGUUAUCCUCUUUGGGUCAAACCUUACAGAAACCAGAACUUGCUUUAAAUCCCGUGCCUCAAGUUGAAGUUGAUGAUAGAAAGAGAAGGCUUCCGAGAAACAGUUACUUGUAUGGUCAAGCCAGCAUAGAAAAGUCUGGAAAUUUUUUUAAUUCAACUUCCCUUUUUAACUCAAACGAUGAAUUAUUGGAGCAGCUGGAAUCUUCACUUAUCUUUUGGGAGAAUCUAGUACUUGAUGUUAGUCAAGGUAUAGAUCAAUGUAAUUCAUUGCAGGGGUCGGACGAAAAUACGAAUUGUGCAAAUAGCCCUGCAGUAUCUUGCUCAAAACUAAAUAUUGAUGUUGGGUCCAAGAUUUCUGAGAUUGAUAUGAACGCUGAGCCGAACACUAGCAUUGUUCCGCAGGUUUCUGCAGCAGCAGUACAGGCCGGUGAUAUGACAUCCAAUGUGCGAACAGGGGUCAAUGAUGGAUUCUGGGAACAGUUUCUUACGGAAAAUCCUGGUUCGACUGAAGGUACAGAUGGCAGUAAAAGCGAACAACAACCAGUAGAUCCUGGGAAACAUUGGUGGAAUGCAAGGAGUGUGAGUAAUCUUGUUGAACACUUGUGACAUCUUACCCCGGCUGAGAGAACUUGACUCGUGUAGGUUCUGUGUUAAUUCUUUUGCCGAAUGUGCAUUUUUCUUUCUAAUGCCAUUCUAUAGUAGGUUGUAUAUAGUGUUCGUUUAAGUAGGUGGUAGAUAAGAUUUCAAUAACCCUGUGCUAUAUGUUUGAUUCAAGUACAGUGGACUAGGUAUGAUCGGACACGAUGUUUAUCUUCUUUAUUCGGGUUCAAACAUGUUCGGUCUAGCAUAGAUACUGUGUUAAAAUUAAUGGCUUUGUAAAUAUGUGAUGCAAGUGAAUUGAAAGUGAAAAUUGGAUAAACUAGUUAUAGUUACACGGUA